CCAUUGAAGUUGAGUGUUCUCUCCACUUUACCGAACUUUACCGAAUACCAAACGAGACCUUAUUGGGUUCAUUGUCAUCUAUUUUAAUUUUUUUUUCUUUCUUGCUUUUAAUCUCACUGGUUCUUUAUUUUCUUGCAAAACCCUCUGUUGCUUUUUGUGUGUGAGUUAGAACAAGUGGUUGUGCAGUGGAAAAUACUGAUCUGAUGGCUUCAAAACUGGUGUUGGUGGUGGUUUUUGUCUUCGAUCUCAUUGCUUUUGCACUUGCUGUUGCUGCUGGGCAGAGGAGGGCUAAAUUUACAAUUGGUGUAAAAAGUGGUCAAAGCUAUUGUCAUUAUAGUUCUGAUAUUGCAACCGGCUUGGGUGUGGGGUCGCUGCUGUUCCUCUUGGCCAGCCAACUGCUUAUAAUGGUAGUUAGUCGAUGCAUGUGCUGUGGGAGGGCUUUGAGACCUGGCACUUCGAGGGUGUGGGCAAUUGUGCUAUUCAUCACCUGCUGGGUGACAUUUAUUAUUGCUGAGAUUUGCUUGCUCGCUGGCUCGGCGAGGAAGGCCUACCACACCAAGACAUCAUCAGCCAAUCCUCCUUCUUGCAAGACCGUGCGAAAGGGACUCUUUGGGACUGGGGCUGCCUUCAUUGUUUUCACCGGCAUAGUCUCUGAGCUUUAUUAUGUUUACUACUCUAAGGCUAACGACAGUUUCCAGCCUACUAGGGACACCGGCAUAGGGAUGGGAGCCUACAAGUGAACUCUCUGUUGCAAAGGUGAAGUGUUCUUUGUAUCUGUUUCAUAGAUUUCUUUUUACUUGUUAACCUUCCUGAUGAUUAUGAUGAACUUGGAUGACAGACUACGUGAUACAGUUUGCAUUGAUAUAUGACAUUGUAGAUUGCUUUUAAUGUGUGUGUAAUGUAUAUAUUUGUGUCAUC